AUGGACAACGAGGCAUCGGCCACCACAACACACACUGGCCCAGACGACCCUCAGGGACAGCAUGAAUGCCAGCAGGGUCUACUUUCCUCCACAGCUAUGAUCUGUACAAAGGCGCAGGAUGCACGAGCCUCGCAGACUGGCAUUGUGGCUCGACGCGCCGAACGUGAUCGCAUCUUAAAAAAUGGCGUUGCUCUCAGUCACGUCUGCACCAAUUGCUAUGUCCUAGGAAAACCCUGCAAGUUUGACCUCGAAGCCCAUGCCAACAAACGAGCAGGCGACGAUUGCGCAUGGUGCUUUUCUGAAGGAUACGCAUGCACUGGCAAGAUACUGGUCGCCGCAUUCCAGGCAGGCGAUCCUGAAAUCAGCGUCGUCGAUCAAGUGCGCAAGCCUGAAAAGCAGUUGUGCGGACUCCCUCCUGGCUGGAAUUGCAGUCUCUCUUCGCAGUCUGGUAGGAGGCCUUUCUUCCUUUGUACGCUGAAAAAUGGAGACACCGAGACAACGUGGACUUUACCAGAAGGUACAAACCUGACGCAAUGGGAAAGUAUGUGCCGUGCCAUCGGUGUGCCUGAAGUUUGGCGUCCUCAAAAGCAUGAACUGCAGCAAUUUGCGUUAACAGAGAUACGGCAAGCUACUGCUAUGGCUGUUCAGGAGAUUGAAAAGCCGAAAGAGGAUACAAAAUUGGCACCAUAUGCUUCAGAAGGGCCUGUCCAGCAUGCUGGGCGAACAAGCAACGCUGCGAAUGCCGUCAUAAACCCCAAGAACGGGACAAUGCGUACAGAGCUUACACCAAAGGAUACAGGAUCUACACAGGCCAAACAAGCAGUAGCUCCAACAAGUCAAGUUGCCAAGACAGUACCCUCCAAAGACAAGAUCGAGGCGCAGACGAUGAAAGAGGUUUCAAAAUUGCCGGCCUUCAAGAAACGAGUCUCCGCUGAUACUGUACCCCAGCUUGCAAUUGAAAUAAAGGAUUCGGAUACGCCUCCAAUUGAAGAUGACGACCUAGAUUUCUUCAAGUUUGGCCGAACUCGCAUGGGUGGUGUUCCCUCAAAUGACACCAGGUGCCGAUUCUGCUCCACGUUUCUCGGCGGUAACAUCAAAGCCGUCGACAAUCACGAGCGAUACAACUGCAGGCACAACCCUGAUCAAUUCUUCAAUCGCGUCAUCCGCGAGAAAAUCUGCACUCACUUUCCAAGACAUUUCCACGGCCGAGUAUUGUAUGCGCAUUUGGCGCAGGAUGGUUCUUUGAUUGACGCGCCCACAGCAGGUACGCACGCAACGAGUAGUAACAAUGGCGCCCGACCAUCGCUGACUCCUCGGACAUCAAAAAUGGAUGAUGAUCGACGAAGGGGCUAUUCACCAGAAUUCAAUCGCAUGAGGCGUCCUUCCCCUUCUCGUUCACCACGCCCGCAGGCGAACGAGCAUGGUUACGGUCGCACAAGAUCUCCAAUCAGCUUCCAGCCACGAGCUGUGCCCUCGCGCCCAGGCUACUCGGAUUUCCGUCGUCGCUCGCCAUCUCCGGGCCGCUAUAUCGAUCGCGAACGCGGCGGAGACUGGAGGCAAGAACGAUCACCUGGAUCAUCGAACAUUCAUGCACGUCCAACAUCGCGUUCCAGGCGAUACAGAGAAGAUCCAAUAUCCCCUGAAAUGCGACCUUACAGACGUCCACCAUCGUCAGGACGGCAUGACCACAGAAGCCCAUCGCCAGAGCCUCGACGCCGUGUCCCAUCUGAACGCUCACCGUCGCCAUUCUCGAGGCGACAGGCCAUUUCAAGGCCACCGGCUGAGCAUGGUUACCAGAGACCACGAUCACGAUCGCCACCAGUGUCUUUCGCUCGUCGCGAUGGCGCUAGUCAGCGCGAGGCUGGCAGAUCAGCCGAAAAAAGCCGUGGCAGGUCGCGUUCCCGAUCACCAAUACGCAUACCAAAUGCCCCUGUCGCAAAUGCUGUUGUUCACCGGACGCGCUCGCCACUGUAUGCACCGGAAAAGCGAGUUGUUGCUACCUCUUCUUUUGCUGCUGGUGCAGAAAAAGCGACUGAUCCGCGUCUAGCGCGUCCACCACCUGUGGUCCAACCAUCACCGCCCAUGAAGGUGAAGGAAGAAGCGGUCGUUCGGCAAGUGGCAGUAGCAGAGCGAGAGAGAGAACUCAUGACGCCCGUCUCGCUUGACUCUACACCGGCCGCAACAGGCCAAGCUGUUCCAGCACCAGCUCGACCGCUCGAGCGAGGCCUUUCGCUGCGCACACUCGCUCGAAUGCUGCAGAGUGAACAGCCAUCGACUGCCGUGGACUUGUACAUCAACCGACGCCUCUCUGCAGUUGACAAGACUAGUGAACGUGCGUCUGCUCCUGGUGACGUUGUCUCUGCUUUGCGAUGUCUGCCAGAUUUGCUCGACUUUCUGUCUUUGCAAAAGCAGGAGGGAUUCUCAGGGGGAUCUGACGAGGAAGCACGCUAUGUCUUGGAGACCUAUGUUCGCUCCAUGGCUGGCGGUGAAGAACCCUUGCAUUUCCUGCUUGUGUUGGAGGAUGAGACGGACAUUGAGCUUGUGGACCGAUAUUUCGAGGUGAUGAAUAUUGCCUGAGUCUGUUAAUGACCUUAUGACACCUUUCUGUUUUCUGCAGCCUUUAGAUCAUUCAAUACACUAGAGCCAAAUUUUCAAGCAACGUCAGAACAAUAGCAAAAGAAAGGCCAUUGCCGCUACAACGCUGCGUCUACUCCUAUUAAGUAAUUG